AUGGCCUCUACUUCCAGGACCACUGUUGCCGCAGCCGCGGGCGCAGCCGCACUCUUCAGUGGUGCCAGUUUUGUCUCAGCGCCUGCAACCGGCAACCUUCGAGCCACUGUUGCAACGUCGACCGCAUCGACACCCAGCCUGCAGGCACCGAGCCAAACGGCCUCUCUUGCCGUGGCCGGUGUGGCAGUUGCAGCCUUGACUGCUAGUGGCCGCAAAGCACUCAGCAUCAAGCCACAGCUGGUCGCGCUCAGCGCUUUCGAGAACGAGUUGGGUGUGCAAGCACCUGUUGGGUUUUGGGAUCCGGCCGGCUUCACGGCGGAUGGCAGUGUUGAGGACUUCAAGCGACGUCGGCACCGCAUUGACGAGCUGGGGCAAGGGAUGGUACUACGGCAGCUAGAGGGCUCCUCCCACGACUUCCUCUGGGGCUGGGCUCCCGAAAAGCCGCCCAGCCAGGCACCUCAUUUGAAGGAGUUCUUCAGGGGCCUUGUUUUCGCCACCAUGAGCGAUGCGAACGGCCUCGUUGAGGGGCUCGACACUGAGUUUUUGGACUACUAUGUCCAAAGCCAUCCAAUUUUGGAGUCUGCGACUGUCCUCCAAAGAAUCGUCACGGCAGACGUCCUGAAGACAGGUCCCGACUCCACCGAGGAGGGGCCGUCGCAUGUGGAUCCCGAGGCGAAGCCCGAGCCGACGGAGCCCGUCGAGGGAGAGGUGCAAGUCAAGCCUGCCACGACGAGCGAAGAGAAGAAGGAAGACGUUGAAGCUGCAAAGCCAGAGGAUGAAAAGAAGGAUGAGGGCCAAGCCCCAUCCAAGGUUGUUGCGGAUGCUCAGGAACCUGCGGAAGUUGUGGAAGAGGCCAAGGUUACAGAGACCAAGGCAGAUCUCUGCAUGAGCCUGCAUUUGCCACACAUGGAGGAGCGCCUGACCAAGUCAGGCCCUGAACUCUUUCGAGAGCUCAAGCGGGUCUACUCUGUGGCCGAGGUUGAAGACUACUUCAAGAAUGGAGUCUGGCGAGACGAUCUGAUGCGCACCGACAUGCAGCUGAUCGAGUUGCACCGUCGAGAGGCUGGUGCCCCCGAGCCGCCUGACUUAUCCAAGGUGGAGGUGCCACAUCUUCCACAGGGAGCUGUUGCCAGCCCUCUAGCCGCAUCCAUGGCAGCUGCUGGUGGCCUAGGCGCCACUGUCGCAGAUCUUAGGCUCAUCGCACUGUUUGUAGCCAAGUGGAAACUGGACGUGAGCCUCACCAAGAAAGCACUGACUAAGCUGCUGCCAGCGAGGCGGCGCUACGUCAUCUCUAACUUUAAAUCCAAGGGUGGAUCAGAUGUGAAUGCGGAGCUAGAGCAGUACAUUGAAGAGUGUAACUCAACCAAUGCAUGGCCGGCAACCACGGCCACAGCGGCCACAACAGCCACAGCGGCCACAGCCAUCCCGAAGCUGUCAACGCCGUUUGCCAAUGGGGCAGCUCCAAGCGAUGGUCCAAGGAUGCGACCGCCCUUGACGAUCAGCCCACGGCCGCUGUCGAUGAGGGCACCCACAGCAUCCACCGGUGUGAUCGCGAGUGGCCUCUCCCAAAGGCUGGCAGCCCUCCGCGCCCCGGCGCCGGUGUCCUCGCCUGUGAGGCCUGGAGCCCUUCCUGUGAGGCCCGGAGCGGUCAGACCGGUGAGACCAGUGGGUGGAAGCAGCACAAGCUUGUCUGCCCCAGCUAGGGUUGCAUCCAGCUCAGGUGAUGCAGCUGGUUUGCAGUUGAUCAACCUCUUUGUGGCAAAGUGGAAACUGAAUGCCAGCCGCACCAGAUCCAUCAUGAUGACCUUUUUGCCCACCAGGCGGCGUCACGUCAUCGCCAACUUCAAACCAGAAGUGGGUCGUGGUGAUGUGAACGAACAGCUGGAUAGGUUUAUCAAAGAAUGCCAAGCCAGCGGCUGGAGUGGCUGGGCUGAGCCCGCUAGAAAUGGUGGCGCCAGAUUCUCAUUCGGGGGCCUUGCAAGGAGCACUUCCGAGCUUUGCGCGAAGGAAAUAGUUUGA